AUGUGCGGCGAAUCCAACAGACCUACCUUCGGCGGCACCAUUGCUGUCCUAUUUCCUCUCAACAACGUGUCGAGCUCAGCCGCCUCAGAGAGAUCACGUUCAUCAUCUCCGGACUCGAUUUCAUCGAAUUCUUCAGUUUCAUCUUUAUCUUCAUAUUCGCUCUUUUUUCGAGACGCAGAGAAGUCUGGCAGCCGACAUACGAAAGCUAUCUUCCAAUUCAAUGACACGGAGACCUAUGAGGCACUCCGCGAAUGCCGUCAGGUGGAUAUGCGGAUAGAAAAAUAUGGAGAUCUCUCUACAGCAACACCCAAUACAGUCCCUCUCCACAGUUUCCGUCUAGAUUUGGCUCAAAGCUCAGCUACGAAAUCUGGGCACUCACAAGCAGAGAUGGAAUUCGAGUUGGCCGAACAGUUGGAUUUGGGAGUCUCGGCGAAGGGUGUCAUCGGGCGACAAGUUUCCGUAAGCGAUGCCGACGGCUUGGUACUAGGUGUUGGGAUUGUCGGAUACAAUUGA